UUAAAGGCGCGAAAAUUGCUCCGAUUGCCCGCGUAUUUCCGACCUUAUUUCCUCGCUCUCAUGGUUCUGUCUCGCUUUCACCUCUCUCUUCCACUGAAAAAUAAAAAGAAAAAAAAAUGCAGCGCAACUACCGGCCGCCUUCUGAUGCCACCACUCCCGACUGCGCCACAACAACGGAAGUCGCUAAUGUAAAGCGCAUAAAAAAGCGCGGGAACUACAACUGUGGGCGCUGUGGUCUCCCAAAGAAGGGUCACUCCUGCAACGUCAAUGUUAACUCUACGACGCCAAUCACCGAUUCUUCCUCAGUCAUCGCUCUAUCCCCCACUUUUCCCACCCCUCCUCUUCCACCGCCACGACAGUCACACUCUCACCUCCGCCGCGCUCUCUCUUUUGACAACUACGAGGUGGAUGAAUCUCUCGUGUCAGAGGACGAGGAUGAAACCGGUGGAUCGCCUGAGAUAGGGAACGACUAUGGUGGAGCUCGAUUGCCGGCGAAAUGCUUGUGGGAGGUAUUGCGGAGGUUGCCGCCGCCAGCGUUGUUGUCGGCGGCGAAGGUUUGUAAGGGGUGGAGGGACUGUGCUAGGAAGCUCUGGAGGGCCGCCGAGGAGCUCAGACUCAGGGUUCCGGCCAAGGCUCAAGUUGGGUUUGUUGGAUCCGUGUUGCAGAAGUGUUCGGGGCUUGUCAGACUCUCUCUGCGGAUGCAAAGUGAGGUGGAUGCUACAAUGUUGGCCUGCAUUGCAUUUUCAUGCCCAAACCUGGAGUCCAUGGAUAUCAGUUUAUCUGAUACCGCUACCAAUCGGAUAUCUGGGGAUGAAUUAAGUCGGUUUGUUGCUGAUAAACGAUGCCUUUCAAGCCUUAAGAUGGAAGGUUGCUUUAACCUUGGUGGUUUCAGACUCUGUUCAUCAAGUCUAUCAACUCUUUGGCUUUCUGGUCUCUAUUCCCUCUCUAAGAUGGUAUUUAACUGCCCAAAUUUGAAGGAGAUUUCCUUGGAUUUUUCCAGCCAAGAAAAUGACUGUACUGAUCUUUCUGCUGUGGUAGAUGGUAUGGGAAGGAGUUGCCCUAGGUUGCAAAACAUUCAUAUUUCAUCAGUUCGACUCUCCCAUGCUGUUGUGCUUGCUCUUACUGCUGCAAACUUGAGGUGUCUGCACAUGCUCUCACUUGUACUUGGUUCCGAAAUCACCGAUGCAUCUGUUGCUGCGAUUGCUUCAACCUAUGAAAAUUUAGAACUGCUUGAUUUAAGUGGGUCCAGCAUCAGUGACAGUGGCAUUGGCAUGAUCUGCAAUGUCUUCCCUGAAACUCUAUCAAGACUGCUCAUUGCACUUUGUCCUAAUAUCACUUCAAGUGGUAUUCAAUUUGCUACUGCACAGUUGCCACUUCUGGAGCUUAUGGACUGUGGCAUGACCAUAUGUGAGCCCAAUUUGAAUAGUGAAACAUCUGUUGAAAAUAGGUCCCAUCAUGUCAGUGGUUCUGAACCCAAGUACCUGCAGAAGUCACCCAACAGUAAGCUGCUUCAUAUUUACCAAAAAGUGAUAAUCAAGCAUGCAAAAUUGAAGAAACUCAGUUUGUGGGGUUGUUCUGGUUUGGAUGCUCUGUAUCUGAAUUGUCCUCAGCUUAAUGAUUUGAAUCUAAACUCUUGUGCAAAUUUGCAUCCAGAGAGGUUGCUGCUUCAAUGUCCACGUCUGCAAAGUGUUUAUGCUUCAAGAUGUGAAAAAGUUUUGAUUGAAGCUAUUAAGAGUCAGGCCUGUAAUGAUUUUGUUUCUUCUGAAGAACGCCUCCCAUGCAAGCGCUUGGCAGAUGGUUCCAAGAGGGUUGGAGUCCCACAUUAUAUCACCCCAGAGCCAUCUGAUGAUGAGAAGCGGAAGAAGGCCUGGCAAAUGCAGUGUACAAUACAUGCGGACUGAUUAGAAUGGUUUUUUUUUUUUGGGAAUCUUCGGUCAGCUCCCCCUCAGAGGUCAAAACUUCAAUUAAGGACGUACGGAAAUCCGAAUCAAUGCUACCCCCACCUAAUAAAUGUAAAAUUUAUUUUAGCUCCCCUCCCCUGCCACGUCAGAAAAGUUAAGUUUCGAUCCCAUUAUACCCCUCAUCCCAAUUGUAAUCUUCUUCCUCAUUCGAACCGAAUGCAGUAGCGUCUCCGUCGUCUUCUUGCUCACCCCAUUCCUCAUUCGAACUGAACCAGUAGUGUCUUCAUCUUCCUCGAAGAACCGAACCAGCAAUGUCUUCUUCCUCAAAGCUACCAACGAUAACUUUCGGUCUUCUUCAUUUGAAACGAACGCAACAGUUUCAAUCUUCCUCAUUCGAACCGAACGCAGCAGUUUCAGUCUUCUUCAUUUUGAACCUACAGGCUACAACAACCACCCUCUUCUUUGUUUCUCAGAGCCGAAAGGUACAAUAUCUUUCUAUCCUCUUCUUCCUCAUUUUGAAACUACAGCAUUCACUCUCUUCUCCAUUUCUCAUUGUCGUUAAUCCUGCUUUAUCUGAAUUUCCUGUGGAAUUCUUCAUCUGAAUAAUAUAUUCAACUCACACUAAUAAAUAUUUGGUUUUAUUAA